AUGAAAUGGAAGGGCUUGUCCGUUGAUGAGAGGACUUACUCGUCUGUCAUUGGUUGGUUCUGCGACCAGGAUGACAUUGAUUCAGCUCAUACCCUUUUGAGUAAAAUGAUUGUUAAGGGUUUUUCGCCUUCGGUUGCUACAUACAAUAGACUUGUUUUUGCAUAUUGUCGUCAGGAUAGUGUUGAUGAGGCUGUGGGGAUUCUGAGGGCCAUGGCUGAGAGAGGUGAAUUCACUAAGGCUUUUCAUUUGCAUGAUGAAAUGAUACUCAAGGGGUUUUUGCCUGAUUUUGUUACUGGGUUUUCGCCGGCUAUUGUUACAUACAAUGCGCUUAUUCAUGGGCUUUGCUUUUUGGAUAGGGUUGAGGAGGCUUUGGAGAUUUUGAGGGGCAUGCCUGAGAUGGGGUUGUCCCCUGAUGCUGUUUGUUAUAGCACUGUUAUAUCCGGGUUUUGCCAAAUCGGGGAGCUGGGGAAGGCGUACGAAUUGAAGAUUGAGACGGAGGAGAAGGCCAUAUGGUGGCUUGAUAAAGAUACAUAUGAUUCACUUAUGGCCAGCCUGUCGUAUGAGGAUACUUAUUCUAGUGUGAUGAAUGACUACUCAGCUAAAGGUAACAUGGAAAGGGCUUUUCAAUUUUUUGAUGAUAUGUCACAUAAUGAUUAUUUGUCAAGUUAUGAUGCCUAUAGUGUGUUUAUUGUUAGAAAUUUUGAUCAGUGGAAAACACAAACAGAAACUGAACACGUGAAAACCAGCAGACAACAGACAAAGCAGGAAACAAUCAAUGCAACAUAA